ACAAACAUCUACUUCAUGGCUGUGUAACUCUGCUUUGAUACUACUAGUCACUUUUUGAAGAGUAUAAUGUCUGCGAAAUGCCUAAAUGUAAAUGUAAUAUAUAUAAAGUAAGUUUAAAGACAAUGGCAGGCAGGAGGCACUGCUCUGAUCUGCCAAUCGCACUGCAUAACAGGAAGACUUUCGAGAAGAACAAGUACAUGCAGUGAAGAAAAUAACGAAACUAACAGAAACGUUUGAGGAAACUCAUUCAAGCCUCAGCCGAUCAAGUCCUAGUUUACUAAAGAGAAAGAUGGAUGUUGAUCCCAAUUUUGAGCAGUAACUUGCGCGUGAAGUAAUGUUAUUUCUAUAGCUUGAAGAAAUGGGUCGACACUCCUUGCCGUGUUUCAAAUGUUGUCUGUCUAAUGAGGAAAGGGAGGCCAUCGAAAUAAGCAAAGAUAUCAAACGCAUGCUUGCCGAGCAGAAGAAAAGAGAACGCAGCGAGAUCAAAGUGAUCUUAUUAGGCACAGGCGACAGCGGAAAGACAACAUUCAUGAAGCAGAUGAGGAUCAUUCAUGGAAAGGGUUUUUCAGAAGAGGAGAGGCGUGGCUACACUAAACUGGUUUUCCAGAAUUUGUUCACAGCUCUGAGGGCAAUGACGCAGGCUAUGUCUACCCUAAAGAUUCCCUACGUCAACUCGCAAAACGAGACACAUGCCCGGCAUUUCCAGCUGCUCGAAGAACCGGAUAUACAUCGGAUAAUGCAGAUUCAGAAAGAUCAGGUAGAGACUAUCCGUCAACUUUGGGCCGAUAAAGGCAUUCAGUUCUGCUACCAACGACGCAGAGAGUAUCAGCUUCUAGAUUCCACGACUUAUUUUAUGAAGAAUUUGGACCGCAUCUCGGCUGAAGGAUAUAUCCCAACAGAUCAAGAUGUUCUCCAGGUUCGAUUCCCCACUCUUGGUAUAACAGACCACUGCUUUAAUUUGGAGAAGAUCACCCUCAGGAUUGUAGAUGUUGGAGGGCAAAGGGGCGAGAGAAAAAAAUGGAUCCACUGCUUUGAGAACGUGACAUCAAUCAUGUUUUUGGCUUCCCUCAGCGAGUAUGACCAGCGUCUGGAAGAAACCAACAAGGAUAAUCGCAUGCAGGAGAGUUUGUCUCUCUUCUACACAACCAUCCACUCGAAAUGGUUCUGUUUUUCCUCAGUCAUCCUCUUCUUGAACAAGGAAGACAUCCUGGCCGAAAAGAUUCAGAUCUCUGAUUUAAGAACAUAUUAUCCAGAAUUCACAGGCAAACGGCGAGAUGCACAUGAUGCGAAGCAGUUCAUCAAAGAGUUAUAUCGACAUGAGGCGGUUUGUCGGGAGACAAAUAACACCAAAUGCGUCUAUUGUCACUUCACUUGUGCCACAGACACCAACAACAUCCGGAACGUCUUCAAUGAUGUUAAAGACACUGUUCUCAUGAGAGCUAUAAAUGAGUACAUCUUUACCUGAGAGAUAUACUUUUACACUGGAAUCAUUUUUAGGUCUGGCAUCUGGUCCACAUUUGGGCCACACAUUUUCCACCUAGACUGGAAAGAGACCACUGAAGUGAUAUGUAAAGUCACCAAACAUUAGUUUAAGGGCAGAUUUAUCUUUAAUAUAAAGUGUUCUUGAAAGUCUAACUGGUGUUUAAGUAGAAUAAAGCAGAAUUUUGCUCAUGAAUGUCUGGUAGUCUUUACAAGUGCUCAUUCUAUCAUUCUAUCAAUCAAGAUGUCAACUAACCAAUCCCAUGACCAUUUAGUCAAUAAGAACAAGUAUAUUUCACAUGUUUGUGAAAACACAAGGCUCAGAGCCUCAGACUUUAAGAUGAUGUCAUUUAAUGCAAGUUAAUAAAUCCAAAGAAUUUUAAUCCCUAGCAUUUAUUCCAAGUCUCAACUACAGCCCUCGUGACAGGCAAAUGUGACCCUGGCCGACAACCAGUCUUAAGGGUAAUUUUUUUGAAAUAGAAAUUUUUACAUCAUCUGAAAGCUGAAGAAAACAAUGUUACAUUGAUAUAUGAUUUGUAAGGAUAGGACAAUAUAUGUUGUACAACAAAUGUUUACAUCUGAGGGCGCAAAAAAAGCGAAAUAAUGAGAAAAUCGCCUUUGAUGUUCUUAAUCAGAAGCAUUGCAGCAGGCCAUCCACUCACAAAAAAAGUUUUUAUAUAUUAACGUAUAACUUUUCUUAUGUUUUUAUAAAAUAUCUUCAUGGAACACUAUCUUUACCUAAUAUCCUAUUGAUUUUGGGAAUAAAAGAAAAACAUUUUUACCCA